AUGGCUUGGGUCACUUUAGGGCUCUCUGCUAACCAUUGGUACCAUGCUAGAGGAAUAGUGAGUGGUUAUAUGAUUGGUGGAGUAUUAACUACUUUUGUGAUCUUUUCGAUAGAGCCAAUAAGAAGGAAAUUUUGGGAGUUUUUUAUGAAGCUACAUUGGUUGCUAAUUUGUUGUAUGCUUGUUAGUUGCAUCAUUCAUGAAGUUGGGGCUGGAAUUUUAGCUAUAGGAUACUUUGCUCUUGAUGUUAUAUGCAGAAUUUAUACAAUAAAGAAAUAUAGCUAUUUAUCUGCAAGUAUUGAAAUAGAGAGAGUUGGAGAUAGUGUUGUAAAGAUAUCUAUGCAUCGUUAAAAUAUUACUUUUAAAGGAGGUUAGUAUUUUUUUAUUAUGAUUCCAAAGAUGAGCUACUUUUAGUGGCAUCCUUUUUCAGCAUUUAGUGCUCCCCAUGAAGAAUAGCUUGUAUUUUAUGUAAAAUAGUCUGGAGAUUGGACUGAAGCCCUUUUCUAAUUAGCUGGAAAAUAGGGUAAGCCUGUUAAUGUUAGAGGUUAUAUUGAUGGCCCUUAUGGAUCACACUCCAUUAGUUUAGAUAGAGAUAAGUAUUAACAUUUUUUAUGCAUUAGUGGAGGUAUUGGAAUAACUCCAAUUUUUAGUCUUGUUAAAUAAUUGAAUUUUUAAGUGCGUGAAGGAAGAUUAGUUUAAAAUAUUCAUUUUAUCUGGGUAGGAAGGGAUAAAUCUGUAAUUGAAAACAUUUUAGAUGAAACAUAACUCAAGUAGCUUGAAGUCGAAGAUAAUAAAAUCACAUUAAGAAGCUACUUGCAUUUCACGAACAGUAAAGUAUCAAAUGUGAUUAAAUAAAAAUAAAACUAAGGAAAUAUCAAGUACAUCUUGGGUAGACCUGAUUUUUCUGCAUAUUUUGAAAACAUGCAUAAAAUUGCUAAAUAAAGUUAAACAAAUCUUGUUGCAGUUUUGGUUUGCGGUCCUUAAUCAUUAAUUUUUGAAGUUGAAAAUCAUGCAUCAAAAUACUCAAAAGAUGGGAUUAGAUUUGACAUACAUCAAGAAGUGUUUGAAUUAUGA